AUGGAACCCACUGGAAGUUUCAGCAAAUCCCAUUUCCGCUGCUUCGACGACCUCACCGGAAAUGCGAUUUCCGUCGUGACCUUUGACGUCAGUGAUGACACCUAUAUUCAACAGGCAAACCGGAAGUUGUGUGUGGCAUUUUUGAUUAUCCUUUCUGCCCUUGUAAGUGCAAGGCAAUACGUUGGCGAACCGAUCACGUGUUUCUGUCCUGCAACUUUCGAGAAAUUCCAUGUCGCUUACACAAACAGUUAUUGUUGGAUAAGAAAUAAUUAUGCCGUACCUUUUGAUGAAAUACUCCCGGUCUCGGAUAUUUCUCGGGAGGAUAGCGAGAUCUCGUAUUAUCAAUGGGUUCCUCUGAUUCUUGUACUUUUGGCGGGAAUGUUUUACCUUCCGAGAUUAUUUUGGAAGGGACUGAGUUCAUAUUCAGGUAUCAACACAAAGAAAAUUCUCGAAAUGUCAAAUGAAGCAACAUUCAUGUCCCCGACAAAGCGCACGGAGCACCUGGACGUUAUCGCGUCAUACAUUGACAAAUGGAUAGAUAUUCGGGAAGGAAAGUCAUCUGCCCAUCACCAAAUUCGGCGAAUGAAAGAAAAGCUCCAUCUUGGUGGAAUUCAUUCUGGAAACUACCUGUCAUUUGUCUUUGUAAUGACUUGUCUGUUUUACUUAAUGAAUACUGUUUCACAGAUAUUUCUUAUUGACGCUCUACUGGGGAAUAACUUUCGGAAUCUUGGGCCAGAUUUUGUCCGCGGAAUGGCUACCAAUAAAAAUUGGGAGGACUUAAAAAGAUUCCCGCGAGUUGCGUUUUGUGAUAUGGAUAUUCGGCAACUACAAAACGUUCAAAGAUGGACAAUUCAAUGUUCGCUUCCUAUUAACUUAUUCAACGAGAAAGUUUUCGUUUUAAUGUGGUUUUUGCUCAUCACAAUGUCGGUAGUGAACGGAAUUUAUCUUGUGAUUAGCAUUACUAUGACUUUUAUUCCGAGGAGAAAGAACAUGUACGUUCGGAAGUUCCUGGAUUGUACAAGAUUCCCUGCAGAAGUCCGAAAUAGUACGAAACUACUCGAUGUCGAAACGAAGUUUGUUGAUAUGUAUUUGAGACAUGACGGUGUUCUACUUUUAUGGCUAGUAAGUCAUAACACUAGUCAAGUCGUGGGGUCCGAACUUGUUGAGAAACUGUGGAUAAAUUACUGUAAAAAACCCUACGUUCAAACGUUCUUGACCAUAUCGGACAUAGAACCGUAG